AUGGAUGACCUUUAUGAUGAGUUUGGCAACUACAUUGGCGAGGCCGCGGAGUCCGACGAAGAGCUUCAUGACGACAACCAGACAUUCGAUUACAGUGAAGCAUUCGGUGCGGGCGAGGAUGAAGCUGACCAAGAGUUGAUGGAAGUGGAUGUGCGCGUUACAGAAGGCCCAUCCAAUGCCGUCAUUUUACACGAAGAUAAGCAGUACUAUCCCAGCGCGCAACAAAUAUACGGUGAAGACGUCGAAACGUUGGUUCAGGAGGAGGAUGCACAGCCUCUUUCCGAGCCUAUAAUCGCGCCAGUCACGCAAAAGAAGUUCUCAAUUGAAGAGAGCGAGCUGCCGCCAGUGUUCUUCUCCCGCGAGUUUAUGACAGAUUUGUUGAACUUCCCGGAACAGACAAGAAAUGUUGCGCUCGUUGGCCAUCUGCACCAUGGCAAAACAGCAUUCAUGGACAUGCUUGUUAUGCAGACUCAUGAUUUGGCCGAACGGCUCGACAAGAAAACAGGAAGGAAAAGGGAGGAACAACUUCGCUACACUGAUGUUCACCACAUGGAAAGAGAGCGAGGACUCUCGAUCAAGUCGGCGCCCAUGAGUCUGGUGCUUCAGAGCUCCAAAGGGAAAUCACACCUGUUCAAUAUCAUUGACACUCCGGGACAUGUGAACUUUGUAGACGAGGUGGCUGCUUCGUCUCGGCUCGUUGAUGGUGUUGUUCUUGUUGUCGAUGUUGUAGAGGGUGUGCAGGCAAACACUGAACAGAUUAUUAAGCAUGCGGUACUGGAGGACCUCCCUUUAACAAUGGUGGUGAACAAGAUGGACAGGUUGAUUUUAGAGCUGAAAAUUCCGCCAAACGACGCCUAUUUCAAAUUGAAACAUGUGAUUGAAGAGGUCAACACGGUGAUUGAAAACGUCAUGCCCGGACAGGGUGAGAAACGGCGAUUGAGUCCUGAAAAGGGCAAUGUCGCUUUUGCUUGCGCUUCCAUGAAAUGGUGCUUCACGCUGCAGUCAUUUGGGAAAAUGUACGCUGACACCUAUCCCAAAAUCGAGACCGCUGAUUUUGCUUUACGCCUCUGGGGAGACAUCUUCUUUAACCCCAAAAGUCGAAAGUUUACUCGGAAAGGGGUGGAGGAUAAUUCCAAGCGGACUUUUGUCAAGUUCGUAUUGGAGCCCAUAUACAAACUUUACUCACACACGCUCAGCGAAAGCCCCGAGGACUUGAAGGAAACUCUCGCCAGUGUAGGCAUUAGCUUGAAACCAUCACAGCUAAGGUCAGACGCCAAGGUGCUGCUCGACUUGGUAUGCGAGCAAUUUUUCGGACCUGCCGGAGGAUUUGUCGACAUGGUGUUACAGCAUAUUCCUUCUCCCGUGGAGGGCGCCAAGAGGGCUCUGGAACGAUACUAUACUGGUCCUAUGGAUACUAAAGUUGCAACAGCAAUGAACAAAUGCGAUCCGGAUGGCCCUUUGGUUGUCCAUGUCACAAAGCUUCUGGCAAGCACGGAUGCUUCGCGGUUCCAUGCUCUUGGCAAGGUUCUAAGUGGAACAGCUCGGCCAGGAUUAGCAGUCCGAGUGCUUGGUGAGGGUUAUACUCCUGACGAUGAAGAAGACAUGGUCAAUGCUACUAUUUCAGACACAUGGAUUGCGGAAACUCGAUACAAUAUCCCGACUAGUGGCGUUACUGCAGGAAACUUGGUUUUGCUUGGAGGGGUGGAUAACUCCAUUGUCAAGACGGCGACGCUGGUGUCCACCAAGUUUGAAGAUGAUGAGGAAGCGCACAUCUUCAAACCCAUGCGUCACAUGACUGAAUCUGUCUUCAAGGUCGCUGUUGAGCCAGUCAACCCAUCCGAACUUCCCAAAAUGCUCGAGGGUCUCCGAAAAGUCAACAAGAGUUACCCCCUCAUUUCGACCAAGGUAGAGGAAUCGGGAGAGCAUAUAGUUUUGGGAACCGGGGAGCUGUAUAUGGACUGCGUCCUCCAUGAUCUCCGGAGAUUGUUCUCGGAGAUGGAAAUCAAGGUCUCCGACCCUGUUACUCGCUUCUGCGAAACCGUUGUUGAGACGUCCGCUAUCAUGUGCUAUUCAAUAACCCCGAACAAGUUGAAUAAGAUCACGAUGAUUGCCGAACCGCUAGACGAUGGGAUAGCUGAGGAUAUUGAAAGCGGCAGGGUCAGCAUCAAAGACCCGAUUCGCAAAGUGGCCCGGUUUUUCGAGGAGAGGUACGACUGGGAUAAGCUCGCUGCGAGAAGUAUAUGGGCAUUUGGGCCAGAUGAGAUGGGACCAAAUAUCUUACAAGAUGACACACUGCCUUCUCAAGUCGAUAAGAAGCUACUUGGAAGCGUCAGAGAUUCUGUAACACAGGGUUUUAGCUGGGGUACCCGCGAAGGGCCUCUGUGUGAAGAACCAAUUCGGAACGCAAAGUUCAGGCUCACAGACGUUUCUCUAGCCGACCAGGCCAUUUACAGAGGAGGCGGUCAAAUCAUCCCCACUGCCAGACGCGCCGUUUAUUCAUCAUUCUUGAUGGCCUCCCCUCGACUAAUGGAGCCGAUAUAUUCUUGUUCGAUGACAGGGCCUGCAGAUGCUGUCGCAUCUGUCUAUACUGUCCUUUCACGGAGGAGAGGCCAUGUCCUUUCCGAUGGACCCAUUGCGGGAACACCUCUGUACUCGGUGCGCGGCCUGAUUCCGGUCAUUGAUUCAUUUGGCUUCGAGACAGACCUCCGUAUCCAUACACAGGGCCAGGCUGCCGUCAGCCUUGUUUUUGAUAAGUGGAGUGUGGUUCCAGGAGACCCGCUAGACCGGGACGUUAAGCUAAAACCGCUGGAGACGGCUCCCGCAAUGGCAACAGCUCGCGACUUCGUUUUGAAGACAAGGCGGCGAAAAGGUCUGGCUGAAGAUGUGACCGUAAGCAAGUUCUUGGAGCCGGAGCUCUGGAAGGGAUUGAAAGAAAGUGGCGUUUUAGAUUCGUGA